AUGCGAAAACUAGAUAAAAGAGACUUUAAGACCAAUAAUCCUCGACCUGAGACAAGAACAGGAUGUGCUGCAAGAGUGAAAGUUAAAAGAGUUGGUGAAAGAUAUAGAGUAGUUGAUUUUAUUGAUGAUCAUAACCACCCACUUCAUCCACCAGAAACAGUUCAUCUAUUACCUUGUAAACAAAAAAUAACAGAUUUUCAAGCAUAUGAUCUUGAAAUGGCAGAACAGGCAGGGAUUCAACAAAAGGCAUCAUUUGAUUUGAUGAGUAAAUAUGUAGGAGGUAGAGAGAAUUUGGGCUAUACAAGAGAAGAUGCAAAGAACUAUCUGAACUCAAAGAGGCGAAGAGAUAUGGCAUAUGGUGAAGCUGGAAUUUUGUUACAAUAUUUCCAACAACAAUUAAUAGAUAAUCCUUCAUUUUUCCAUGCCUACCAAAUGGAUUUGGAAGAACAAAUAACAAACAUAUUUUGGGCUGAUGCAAGAAUGUUAUUUGAUUAUCAUUGUUUUGGAGAUGUCAUUUCGUUGGAUACAACAUAUUGUACAAAUGGAGAUCAUAGGCCUCUUGCAAUUUUCUCGGGAUUUAAUCAUUAUAGAUGA